GAAAGGGUUUGGGUUUUGUUUACUGAUAAACACUGGAGAGAGAGAGAGAGUGUGUUGUUCUGUUCAGUUAGUUUAAUCACACACAGAUAAAGUAAAACCUUUCCCCCACCCAACACUCCCUUUUUCUUUAUUAUAGUACUUAUCUUUUUCUUCUUCUUUCCUCUUUAAUUUCUCUAUUUUCUUUUUACAAGUAAAACCAGAGAAGAGAGAGAAGAAGGAAACAAGAACUGGAAAAAAGACUCAAUCUUUACUGUGUAUAGUUAAGGGGUGAAGCUUUGAUGGAUCUAUAGAUCUAACACUUUCAGACCCACAUGGAUUGUUAUGUCUUUUUUCAGAUCUCAGUCAUUAUCAGUUGAAAAGAUUCAGUAACUGACCAGAAAAAAUAUAGCGUAAUAUAGGCCUAAUUGCAUCAAAGUCUUAUCUUUCUACUUAUUUUUUCAAGAAGGAUAAGAGAGUAAUAACCAAAUUAGAGUUUAGUUAGACUGCUCUUUUAUUUUGGCUGUUGAAGAAUUGGAGGUAGAGCAGAGGUGAAAUGAAAUGAGGGAUGUUAUCAAGACUGAUAAAUUUCCUGAGGGCCUGUUGGCGGCCAUCAACGGACCGUUCUGUAUACGCUGGUUCGGAUGCAGCUGGACGGCAAGAUGGACUUUUUUGGUAUAAGGACAGUGGUCAACACUUGAUUGGUGAGUUCUCAAUGGCAGUUGUACAGGCCAAUAAUUUGCUGGAGGAUCAAAGCCAGAUCGAGUCGGGCUCUUUGAGCUUGCUUGAUUCGGGCCCCUACGGUACGUUUGCUGGGAUAUAUGAUGGUCAUGGUGGACCUGAAACAUCACGAUAUAUCAAUGAUCACCUCUUUCAGCAUCUCAAGAGGUUUGCAGCUGAACAAAAUUGUAUGUCUGUGGAUGUAAUACGAAAAUCAUUUCAAGCAACAGAAGAGGGAUUCUUUUCUCUGGUUGCAAAGCAAUGGCCAACGAAGCCGCAGAUAGCUGCUGUUGGAUCUUGCUGUCUUGUUGCGGUGAUCUGCAAUGGCACCCUUUAUGUUGCUAAUGUAGGUGAUUCCCGAGCUGUUUUAGGAAGGCUUGUGAAGGCUACAGGAGAGGUUCUUGCGAUCCAGCUUUCAGCUGAGCAUAACGCGAGUAUUGAAUCCGUCCGACAAGAGUUGCAUUCAAUGCAUCCAGAUGACUCACAGAUAGUGGUUUUGAAGCAUAACGUAUGGCGUGUCAAGGGUCUAAUUCAGAUUUCGAGAUCUAUUGGUGAUAUAUACCUUAAAAAGGCUGAAUACAACAGGGAGCCUUUGUAUGCGAAGUUUCGGUUGAAAGAACCUUUUAGAAGGCCCAUAUUGAGCGCUGAUCCAUCAAUUACAGUUCAAGAACUCGAACCGCAUGAUCAAUUUCUCAUAUUAGCUUCUGAUGGUCUUUGGGAACAUCUUAGCAAUCAAGAGGCAGUUGAUAUAGUACAAAAUAACCCCCGAAGCGGAAGCGCUCGGAGGCUUGUAAAAACUGCUUUGCAUGAAGCAGCAAAGAAGAGGGAGAUGAGAUAUUCUGAUCUGAAGAAGAUUGAUCGUGGUGUUAGGAGGCAUUUUCACGAUGAUAUCUCAGUCAUAGUUGUGUUUCUUGAUUCAAAUCUUGUAAGUAGGGCGAGCUCGCUGAGGGGCCCCACUUUAUCUCUCAGAGGAGGUGGUAUGAACUUUGCAGCAAAAAGUUUGGCUCCCUGUGCUACUCCCAUAGAACUCGGUACCACUUAAAAACUUUUACUCUGUUGUAUACUCUGCUGUAUCCACGAAAACUUCCUUGUGAGAGCAUCUGCAUCUUUGUAGUAGAUAGAAUUAAAGAGAAACGAUAGAAGGUGCACUAAUUUAUUCAUUUGAUGUACAAUGUUAUGUUUAACUUGGAACACCGGUGCCUUGUUUAGUUUUCGAGCAGCAAAGAAGAAUGAAAGAGAGAAUUUCUAUAGAGGUUCUUUCUCGAGUAUCACGUUUCUGCUUAAUUCAUAUUCCUAACGUACACCCUUUCGAUUCUUUUUUAAUAUCUUGUAAAUUGUGUAAAACUGAAUGAAGUAUUAUUCCUCUUGUA